AUGGUGCUUGAAAACUUUGAUAACUGCAGAGAAUCAUUUAGUACUUUGCCUGGGGAAAACAAUCAUAAGAAGAUGCAGAAAGCCUGGUUCUAUGAGGAGCAUGGACCUCCAGAAGUACUUCAGCUAGGAUAUUUGCCAGUUCCUUCUCCUAAAGAGAAUCAACUACUAGUCUGUGUUAGAGCAGCAGCUUUAAAUCCUAUUGACUUCAAAUUGCGCCAGAAACCCUUAGUUUCUACCACUUUCCCGGUGGUCCCUGGUUGUGACAUGGCUGGUGUUGUUGCGGCAAAAGGGGAUGGCAUCUCCAGAUUCUGCGUCGGUGAUGAGGUGUACGGGAACAUCCAAGAUUUCAAUGCAGAGGGGAAUUUACAGCAGCUAGGAGUGCUGGCAGAGUUCAUUCUUGUGGAAGAGAAUUUGGUUGCAAGGAAACCAGAGAAUCUUUCGUUCGAGGAGGCAGCAAGUUUACCUGUAGCCGUUCAAACUGCGGUGGAAGGUUUCAAAGUUGCAGGUUUUAAGAAGGGACAGACAGUCUUUAUAGUUGGUGGAGCUGGUGGUGUAGGAACUCUAGCAGUUCAGCUGGCUAAACAUUUCUAUGGUGCUUCUUUGGUUACAGCAACUACCAGUACCCCAAAAGUGGAGUUCGUGAAAGGUUUGGGGGCUGACAAGGUUGUCGACUACAGAAAGACCAAAUACGAAGAAGUUGAGGAGAAAUAUGAUCUUGUCUACGACACAAUUGUUGACUCCAAGUAUUCUUACGUGGUGGCUAAGGAUGACAUGCCUAUCAUUGACAUAACAUGGCCUCCAUCAAAUCCAAGAGCAACCCAUUCCGGCUUGACAGCUUCCGGAGAUGUUUUGGAGAAGCUUAGGCCAUAUUUAGAGAGUGGAAAGCUAAAAGCUGCAAUUGAUCCUCGAAGCCCAUUUCACUUUUGUGAUGCCAUUAAUGCUUUUCGAUAUCUUGAAACUGGAAGAGCCAGAGGGAAGGUUGUUAUAUCUCCCUUUCCUUCAUAG